CCUACCCUCUCCAGCCAUGGCCAAGAUGGUGCCUCCUAUCAAAAUCACGGCAGACGAUGUCAACUGCCUCAUACACGCGUACUUUGAAGACUCAGGUUUCCAACAUAGCGCUUUCGUACUUCGCGCGGAGGGCCAACUGAGCAACUCCCCAAAUUUCACUCAACAUGUGCCGCGCGGUGAACUUGUAGAGCUUCUCAGCAAAGCACUGCUCUACGCUGAAGUGGAAGCCCACUGGAAGGGCACUGGCAUGACCGCAAACUGCAGAAGCCCAUUCUCUCUGCUCGAGCGUCAUGUCUGCUCACUCGAUCCCAAUGUCGCUGGGCCGAGCGUUCCUGAUCAAGCGAGCCACGCUAUGGAAAUAGACCAGCAGGCCCCUCAGCCGCACGCAAACGGCGCGGUCGGCAUGAACGGCACAGCUGACUCCGUAGCAAAACGCAAAGCUAGUACACCUACUACUGAAGAAGCGCCCAGGGAGAAGCGUGCCAGAACUGCUCCUCCAGACGAGAGCAUGCAAGUCGAUGGUGUCGCACCAUCCACAACAGAGCCUAAACAGGAUCAUAAGCAAACGGCAUCUUCCGCAUCUUCUGAGCACGCUGAAUCGAAGAAGUCGUCCAAGACAAAGCGGCAACCUGGUCCUGCGGACGAUGUCACACCCUCGAAUGUCGUGAGCCUAUUGAAAGGUCACAAGACUGAGGUCUUCGUGUGUGCUUGGAACCCUACAAAGAAGAACACACUCGCGUCAGGAUCGAGGGAUACUGUUGUGCAUCUAUGGAACGUACCCGACUCGAAGCCACCCGCGUCACCAGUACCACCGAAGAUCGGCCCUCCGAUGACACUGUCAUAUCCUUCACAAUCGGAACAAGGUGACCUGACCUCAUUGGACUGGACACAAGAUGGAUCCCUGUUGGCGAUCGGCUCUUACGAUGCCAUUCUGCGCGUCUGUUCCACGAGUGGCGAGCUGUACUUCUCGCACACACAACACGAGGGACCUAUAUUCGCUACGCGGUUCUCCAAGUCUGGCCGGUGGCUCCUUACAGCAAGCUUAGACGGUACGGUAUGCGUCUGGGACAUUCAUGAGAAGAAGCUGCAUAAGCAGUUCCAGUGUCAUAAAGACUGCUGCUUGGAUGUCGAUUGGCUCACCGACGAUAUUUUCGCAAGUUGCGGUGCCGACGGCAAAAUUCAGAUCAUGAGCCUAGCGCAUGCAAGACCUCCGAAGACAUUCAUUGGUCAUACCACCGAGGUGAAUCAGAUCAAAUGCAGUCCUUCAAGGUCAAGGAUAGCAUCAUGCUCUGACGACCGCACCGCACGGAUAUGGAACAUCGAAGACAUCGUGUACAACCGUCCUCCAAAUAACGACGUAGUAGUGCUGAGAGGGCACUCUCAUACUGUCAGCUCAAUCGCGUGGUCUCCGGUAAUCACGGAGGGCGACCAUGAAAUACUGGCCUCCUCUUCAUUCGACGGGACAUCGCGCCUAUGGGACAGCGUCACCGGCGAAUGCUUGCGUGUCUUCCAGGAUCACAAGCGGCAUGUGUAUGCACUUGCGUUCAGUCCGGACGCGCGGUUCUUCGCCACUGGAGGUGCCGAUGGCUGGCUUCAUGUGUACGAUGUCAAGGCCCGUCAGAAGCGCUGGUCUUGGUAUGCAGGCUCGGAGAAGCCUGGAAUCUUCGAGAUCGACUGGCAACAAUCUGGGAACAUCAACCGGAUGGCGUUGGCCCUCGAGUCGAAUGAGGUCGGCGUAGUCGACGUUACGCGGGUACCGCUCCUCCAAUAAUUCACCCUAUGUCUGUAUGCAUCUGUCUGGGACCACCGCUACAUACUGUACCACUCCUGUAGUCAUUUUGUGAUACCUGCAAUAUUUAUUCUGCUAUUUACAUAC